AACGGACGCUGUUCGGACACUAGGCUACGUGCCCGAGUCCCUUCAAGUUUCUCUCUGCUUGUCUCUUCAAGUUUCUCUCUGCUCGUCUCUUGUGGAGAGUACCUGAGCCUCGCCUGAUCAUGUAUGGCUCUUCUAGGGCUGCUCACCCCACUACCGCCAUGCAGACAUGGGGGGAUUCGCCUCCUGCCAGGUCAGCACAUCCCAGUCCCGCCGUGCCUACGUGGGGCGACCCGACUUCCCAUUCAGAUGCUUCUUAUUUAGGGCCACCCAUAGUGGAACCUUACCUUGUAGCACCUCCAGCUGUAAGCACCUCGCCAUUCGCGUUUCAGCCAGGGGAUCCGUCUCGCCACGUCAGCAUGACAGCUCCACCGAUGGAUCCUCAAGGACCGUCCGAUGCAGGUUCUGAGCCGAAAUCGAUGGACGAGCGUUUCCGUAGCAUUUUGGCGCAGCGAAACCGCCAGGUUCGGGCUACCGAGGCUGCGGCUCGGCAGGCAGCGGCGCGUCAGGCGCGGAUCGCGUCUCAGCGGCAAAUCACAGUCGAAGACGUCCACGCCGUCGCGGACAUGGCGCCGCCUUUCCCGGCGCGUAUUACGGUUCCUAUAGCGGGGAACACGGGGCGCGGUACUGGGCAGUAUGAGGCGUACCCUGCUCCGACUGAUCAGCCAGGCGAUCCGUUAUUGGACGAUCCGUUUGUAGGUUACAGAGGUCGAGUUCCUGACCGUCCAGAUGAGGAAGAUCAGGAAAUGGACGAUCCGAUUGAAGCGGAUUACCACAAGAGAAGCGGCGGCUCCAGGAACAAGACUGCUGGUACUAGUCCGGCAUAUAGUAGAAUUCAACACUUCACAACGGCGUCUGGUGCUCCAAUCUACUCUGCCAAUCCCGCAGGCAAGCACGCGGCCAAUCACAGCGCGCCUCCACUCAAACCCCCCUCAGCAUCCGCCUCGAAAGCUGCCACCGCCGCUGCUGCUGCUGCUGCAGCCGCUUUGGCCGGCAGUCGCGCUAAGAGGUCCUCAUCAACAGCCAAUCAGCCGUUGAUAAGAUCCGACCCUAACCGAUCCGAUCCUAAACGAUCCGAUCCUAAACCAGCCAAACAACCUCCUCCCGCUCGUCGACGUUCGUCCCCUCGUGCCUCUCGCUCUCCUCCCCGUGAUGUGCCGUCCCCUGCUGGUCGGACUGAGAGGCCAGGAGGAUCAGGAAAUGUUAGGGUUGACUCUGUACCCGGUAAGAGCGGUCCCCCUAAGAGAGCAUCAGUGAAAUCGCGGCUUCGUGUUCCCGUACACAUGAGAUUGUCGCUCCCAGGCUCGGUCCCCAACUCUUCCCCAGCAGCAGCAGCAGCAGCAGCAGCAGCAGCAGAACCAGGAGGAGCAGAAGCAGCAGCAGGAGCACGAGCAGCAGCAGCAGACGCACCACUUCGCCUGGUCUCUUCUGCUACCGGCAUCUUGCCUCCUCCUCACGCACGCUCUCUUGUGCCUGCUUUGAAUGCUUUCAAUGUUAAUGGCAUGGUGACCUUUCAUCCAUCCCUUCCCACCCCCUUCGUUGCUGCUCCCGCCGGGCCUCUCCUGCCCCAACCUGUGCUGGUCCGGACCAUACCUGUUCCUGUUGGAGGCCUGGUUAGAGGUCCCAUGCUGCCCUUCCAUCCAGGUCUGGCGAUUUCAGACCACACUUACAGGUUCGGCGCAGGAAGGGUAGGGGGACAGGGGGGGGAGGGGGGGAAGGGGUAUGGCUUGGGGAGGGAGAGAGGAGGUGAGAAAGGGAGGGGGAGUGUGGCGUCUAAAGCAGCGCUAGAUGAUGAGAUCGACUCAUACAUGGUUGAGAAGUAUGCUGGCAAGGGAGGGAGGGCCUGACUGGGAUGCGCUUUUCGUAGUUCUGGAAAUUCUGUCACUGAGGAAGGAAAUGCCUAGUAAACGUGUACUGAAAGUGUAUAUGUUCUGUUUGUGUCUGACGUUCGCCUUCUUGGUUAAACCUCGCAGUGGGGUGUGUAUCACUGCAAAUAUGGAGUGAUUGGCACUAAGCGCCAGAGACGCCGUAUAGUACGGUGGCAGCUGAACGGCACUCCUUUCCGCCUUCUGUGGGCCCCGGAGGUCGAUUUCCAGCUGUCGAUUUGCUUAAAGAAGAGCCGUAUACCGAGGAUGUGAAGUGUGACUGUAAAGAAGUGAUUGUAGAGAAGCUCGUCUUGGAACCGAGAGGGCGCACGCGUGUCCCGUCCACUCCAGCAGCUGAUUCCUCUGAUCCGAAGCACAUCCCCCAGGCUUGGGCCGAACCUGCAGGUGGAGGCUCGGGCAAUCGCCGGGCGGCUGAAACUCCUCCCGCCGUAUACCCCUCCAAAAUAACCGCCGCGAAGGCGGCCGCAUAUGCCGCUUUGACUGGCAUCCGGCUUAGCAAGACCU